AUGGCCUAUGAUGAAGUACCUCCCGAUGAGGUUCAACCUCAAGAAACUAAAGUGCAACAUUUGAAGCAGCUAGAUACUGUGAUUGCAUUAUACGAUUUUCCCGGAACCCAGCCGUCACAUUUGCCAUUGCGCCUUGGUGACAGUGUCAAUGUGCUCUCGAAAUCCGAUACCGGUUGGUGGGACGGAGUGAUUGUGGGAAAUAACGCUGAUUUACAAAGGGGAUGGUUUCCUCACAAUUACGUCAGGUCGGUAAAUUAUGUCCAGCCGGUGCUCAACAAGCUCCAGUCUAACAAGGAAAUUGACUCAAUUACCGCUGCCAACACUGCUGCCAACGUGCUCAUUCCAUCAUUCACUUCCCUCCUCCAAAAGAACCUCCUUGGUGACUCGGAAAAAAACACCCCAAAUAACAGCACCAGAAAAAACUCUGUUGUUAGUUUUGCAAGCUCGGAAACAAGCUUACACUCCGAUGGAAAACAGGAACGUAGGCCUCUGAAGGUACAUCAAGACGAUGAACCUUUAAUUGCAGAAGACGACCCCAAUAUUCUGCUUCAAACUUUCCAGGAACCCGAGACAGAACACAAGGGUUCGAUUCUGACUCAACUGGAUAGUAUUCACGCCUACGGAGGGUCGGUGUCUAUGGACCAAGAACCUAGUAUACCUCCCAUUAAUGUGGUUCUGGUAGAAGAAGCAGAAAGUAUGGCUGAAAAGUACUGCUCUGAACACCACGAAAACGUUGUUUGGCAUCCAAAAUCUACGACGGGUGGUGACUUAAUCUUUUACUCGCAUCAGCUUGACAUAUACUGUGAGAUCAUGCCCCUUACUCAGUACAACAAUGAUAAUUUGAAUUUUGAAACAUUUUCAGUUCCCCCACCUGAAGUGCUUGAAAAUGCAUCUACGGUUGUCCUCCACUCAACGUCAUCUUCAUCAAAUAACAACACCAGCAAUACCAACCAGUUGCUCAACGCAGAUUAUGGUGAUGCCUCUGGCCAUAAGUUUCAUAGGAAUGCUCUGCAGGAGUCCUUGAAACGAGAUUCAGCUACGCCGUCCAUGGCAUCUUCCCAAUCGACAACCCAUUACCAUCAUUUCAAGCAGCCAUUUUUUGCUAUGAGCGAUUUGUUCUACAAGCACCCUACAGACUUGACACAAUGGUCUGAACUUCGAGCACAAAUUCAUUAUAUUUUAGAACUAUGCUUGAAGGCACUAAAGGACUAUAGCAAACAACUUUUUAAUGCUCAUUUCUCGAUGUUAAACAAACUCGUUUCCUUACUUGCUUCGGCAGCCAGAUUACAACAAAACGAUUUCUUAUCCACCAAAUAUGAAUUGUCGCUCAAGAGAAAACUUCGUCGAAUUGUGAGUUCGUACGCCCAGAUUUACAUCAAUGGUGCUCUUCAUUUGAAUGUUAUGCACCACUCGCCACAUAUAUCUGACUCGCAACUUUUCAGCAACGAUAUCAAUGCUCUAAAUCGAUCAGAUGCAAACGACAGCUGUAAAUCUUCAUUGUCGACAAUCGGAAACAACGAGGAGGGAACAUUCCCACUCCGUAACCCCAGCGUAAGCACAAUAACUGGCAAGACUUAUAUCCAGCAGAUAGUGCUCGAAGUUGAAACACUUCGCUACAACCUCGACAAUUUUGUAAAGAUCUUUAUGAAAAUCACAAAAGACAAAAGAGUCAAAAAAUCCGAUUACGAUGGCUCAGAUGUUUCAGACGAUGAUGGUGAAGAGCGCUACGAUAUAUUACCACAAUUGUAUCCUCGGUUUUUGACCGAUGAGUUCAAUGGUGGGAACUGGUGCAAUCCGUUCUUUGCUACCAGCAAUCCAGUGCUCAACGCAAGUGGUAAUGAUCUCAAGAACAGACAUCAUCUGAAGGUAUUGAUUGACCGUGAUGCUCAUGAAAAAGUUGUCACUCAAAAGACAGAAGCAGAGAAAAUCGCUAACUCAUUGCUCGAAGUAUUGGACCCUGCAAACCAGCAUAUGUACUACAACAAAGCCCUUGUCAAGGAACGGAAUACAGAGAUUCUUCGUCUGGCUUACAAGUACUUAUUCCAUGCGGGACUCAUCAUGGACGUUCUUGAGUCGUUCGAUUUCACCAUUUUCUGUUUAAUUCGCAAAUGGGACACCAGCUCUUCACCAGGCGAGCAGGAGGAAAGGUCAGACAAGGGGCUCAAAGAUGCACCCAGUGAAGAGUCUUUGAAAGAUGGGGUUGGUGAGUAUGAGCGUAGCGGACUAACAUUUGAUUAUCCCGUGGUUUUGGACUUCUUUCAAUUCAAGCAGCAGUUCCACGAUCAUGUUUCCAAAGUUGUCAUGACGACACAGGCUUUAACAUUGGAAGAUCCCGAUGUGUUCAGAGCUGUCAAAGAGGACGAUGAUCUACUUUACGAUCGCGACGUAAUCAAAAUGCCAACGGAAAGAGCAUCAAGAAUGUUGGCUCGACUCAUGACUGAAAAAAUCGAAAAGGAAAAGGGAGAGUCUAUGUCUCUCAACCCUGACACCACAAUGACGAAGACUCUUCAUGGAGGUUUGAAAUUGUUAGAUUCCAUGCUGGAUAUAGUUCAACACUUGAUUGAGGAGAGAGAAACAAUCUUAAACUAUGCCACCAGAGUGAUGCAUGAUGAUGUGAAUAUGCAGCUCUUGGUUAUUGAGCGAAACAACACUAGCUUAUCCGAGAAAGCUGAAGAGGGCCAUUCGUUUUAUGGAAGCAAAAAGCAAACAACGAAUGUACCGUGGUAUCUUGAAGGUGACGAAGAAUUCGACUUGUUACUUGACUUGAAGGGAAACAUUAAAGGAGGUACUAAGGAAGCGCUUGUGGCUCAUCUCACCCACCACGACCAGACUGACAGCUCAUUUACCUCAUCCUUUUUGUUUUCCUUUUCUACUGUUACUACUUUGGGUGAACUCCUCACUCUCAUGAUCAAUCGCUUCAAUAUUGAAGCCCCAGAAGGAUUGAGCUUUGAAGAGUAUAAUACCUGGAUUUCUCAGAAGCAAGCACCAAUUCGACUCAAGGUCAUUCUGGUGAUGAGGUUGUUAUUGGAAAAGUAUUGGGUAGACUCGUACUAUCAGGAACAGAUCUUGGAGCGGUGGUUGGCAUUCGCUCAGAGUCCGGCGGUUCAAUCGCUUUCAGGCGGUAAGAUUUUGUCUGCAGAUAUCCAAAGAGUGUUAGAUGGAGAAAAGAUCUGCUUUGAAAGAGAACCAAGCGUGGUAUCAGGGCGUCCUCCUGCUCCACUUACAAGAGGUUCAAAGAAAUUCAAGCUUCUUGAUAUUGACUAUGUCGAGCUCGCGAGACAAUUGACCAUACGAGAGUUCAAGUUAUACUCCAAGAUCACCAAGCAUGCAUGUAUUGCCAAGGUCUGGGGCCGCAAGUCCGGUUUAUCAGAAAGCACUGAGCUGAUUACCCACUUCAUUAAGGCUUCGAAUCAACUAACUAACUUUGUUGCUUACAUGAUUCUUAGGAAACCUGAUGUGAAAAAGAGAGUCCAGGUGAUCAGAUAUUUUGUGCAAGUGGCAGAGAAGUGUCGUCAGUACAACAAUUUCUCGUCUAUGACGGCUAUUAUAUCGGCAUUAUACUCGUCGUCGGUGCAUCGUUUAAAGAAAACUUGGAGAUAUGUUUCACCAGAGACUGCGAUGCAUCUUCAGAGCAUGAACCGUCUAAUGAACUCGUCUCGAAACUUUAACGAAUACAGAGAUGUGCUUAAAUUUAUUGGUUCAGAACCUUGUGUUCCUUUCUUUGGUGUCUAUCUUAGUGAUCUCACGUUCGUGUAUCACGGAAAUCCCGACUACCUAUUGAAUCGAACCAGAAUGAUCAACUUUGCAAAACGUUCCAAGACUACUGAAAUUGUGUCUGGAAUAGACCGGUUCAAAACUACAGCCUACAACCUCCAAGAAGUAAGCGAAAUUCAAGCAUACUUGGAUUCUUGGUUCGACAAAUGUCCAAGCAUAGACGAGCAGUAUCAAUUAUCUUUGAACCUUGAACCACGAGAGUCGAGCCAGGGUGGUAGCAGUGGUCCGCGGAACCAGAAAUCACUGUUGGGAAACUUUGUCUUCAAUAAACUGUGA